AUGUUUCGCUAUAGAAAAGUGCUUUCACAAGACUUCUAUAAAGCAGCUGUUCUCAAAACCAUUCUCAGUAACUACUUAUUUAGCUGUGAUCAGCAAGUUCAAGAAAGCUGGAAAGCUGUUAAAGGUUACCAUUGGAAAAAGAAGAUAGUAAUGGAUGAAUUCAGUUUUUCAUUUCUAUGGACAGUGAUGCUGAUGAUCGUGAUGUUUGUCAAUCUUAAUUCUGUAUCUGGUUGCUCCUCUAAAAAAAAAAAAAAAGAAGAUAAAAAAAGCAAAAGUAAAGACAAAAAGGGUGCUCGAGCAAAGGACAAUAGAGAAGGAGAUGUAGCUGUAGUUCCUGAUGGUGGCGCUAUUAAGGCACCAGCUCAAGGCGCGAUAGCUGGAACUUUUGAUCCAAACUAUCAGACUAUGGCUGGAUUAGGAAAUGAUGUUUUUGGUGCUGACAAAGGUGGCGCAGGUGGAGGUGGUGUUGGUGGUGGAGCUUCUCCUGUUGCACCACGUGUUAGCGGACCAAUGGUUCCAGCUCAAGGUGGCAUUGCCGGAACCUACGACCCAAAUUAUCAAACAAUGGCUGGUCUAGGCAAUGACGUCUUUGGAAAUAAAGGUGGUGGAGGUGGUGGUGGAGGAGGUGGUGGUGGUAUUCCUCCAGGCGGUGCAGGAGGUGCAGUACCUAAAGUUCCAGAGCAAGGCGGUAUAGCUGGAACAUUUGAUCCCAAUUACCAAACGCUUGCCGGAGUCGGUAACGAUGUUUUCGAUAGGAAAUAA